ACAAAAAAUAAUUACACAUCGGGUCGUCCAAGUCUCAUUCAAAAACUGGAUAAGUCAGUGUCAUGUUUAAUUUUUAAUCAGCAUAAUGUGUUUUUCCCAAGAUAUGGUGUUUGUUGAGCUAUGAUGAAGUCCGGUCAAAUCAAGAUGUAGUUUUAAUUAGCAGAUAGCUUUCUACACCGGUCAAACUCCUAGCGUCUACUUAUAGUAAAUCAUCCGUGAUGGCCUCUGAAUUUGAGAGCGGUUUUGCCAGAGAAACUUCCCCCUCGGGGAAAACGGCGCCCCCUGUGGAUGAAAGUGAUUCGGACGAUGAAUUCUAUGAUGCGUUAGCUGCGGAUAACAAUGCAGCUGAUGGUGUCGCCGGGGAGGAGAAUGCCGGCAAGAUUGUGGAAGAUCUUAUCCAGUCACAACUCUUGCAGGAAUCAGUUGACAUUCAAAAGGAAGAUAAUUUUAAAGAGGAUGAAAUCAAAACUGAUGAUUCGUUGAGCUUUCUUAUACAAGAGGAAGACAGGUCUGAACUCUCUGAGAAGGAGGUUGAGACAGAUCCAAACAGAACUUGUGAAAUGACACGAGAAUCCGAUGAUGCAGAGAGUCGGGAUGGGUUAGGAGCAGAAGAAACGGAGCCACCCAAGGAAGAUGAGGAGGACAAUGGGGGUAUUGUCUCAGAUGACGAGGGCAAGAAGGAGAUGGAGGAACAAAUGACGGAGGAAGACAAACAGGUUCAAAGGGCAGAGGCGCAAACUCAUAAGACACAAGGCAAUGAGUUAUUCAAACUUGGAGAAUUUGCAGAUGCUGUAUACAACUACAGUCAAGCACUCAAACUUUGUCCGCUGUGUUUUAAAAAAGAUCGUUCCAUAAUGUAUGCCAACAGAGCAGCCUGCAAAAUCCGACAGGAACGUUUUGAGAGUGCCAUUAAGGACUGUAAUAAAGCAUUGGAGUUAAACCCAGUGUACUUGAAGGUUGUCUUGAGGCGGGCACAGACCUAUGAAGUAACAGACAAGCUGGAGGAUGCACUAAAGGACUACGAGAGAGCCUUUGAAUUAGACCCUGGUUGCUACGAGGCAAGAGCUGCUUGCAUGCGUCUUCCAGAUCAGAUCAAGGAGCGUAAUGAGAAACUAAAAGAAGAAAUGAUGUCCAAGCUGAAGGACCUGGGAAACCUCUGCCUGCGUCCAUUUGGAUUGUCCACGAAUAACUUUCAACUCAACCAAGACCCGAACACUGGCUCAUAUUCUGUGAACUUUUCUCAGAACCCCGGCAAGACUAACGGAAAGUAGUGCCUUUUUUGCAGCGCCCUUCGUUGACGACGUAUAUAUAUUUAUAAUAGUGGUUUCUUAUAUCAGGCGCAUAUGCCUCACUCAGUGACACUCCUGGCGCUGUCAUAUACAGUAUUUCCUGCAAGGUAUGUGGGGCUACGUUUGAAUUAUGAGA